AUGGCAGGGAAUGAAUGGAUAAAUGGAUAUUUGGAGGCAAUUUUGGAUGCGGGAAGUGGAAAAUAUGGAUUGAAAGGAUCGGUGGUUAAGGGUGAUGAAGACAGGAGAAACAAAAACAACAUCAACAAUAGCAUGAGGAAAAGGUUUGAUGAGAAGUUGAGGUCUGAAAAGUUUGAAGAUAAAGAAAAGGAAGAGAAGCUUUUUAGUCCAACAAAAUACUUUGUUGAUGAAGUUAUCAACAGCUUCGAUGAGACUGACCUCCAUAGGACAUGGAUCAAGGUAAUAGCAACAAGGCAUACUCGUGAACGCAACAACAGGCUGGAGAAUAUGUGCUGGCGUAUUUGGCAUCUUGCCCGAAGAAAGAAACAGGUCCUAGAUUAUUGA